AUGCCUCGUGGAAGAUCGGCCGCAAGUGCCCACUCAGACAACAGUGAGAUGGAUAUUGAUGGUGCAGAAUCAGAGAUAGCGAAACUGCAAAGACAACUCAGGAUCAUGGAAGGAGAUCGGCAGGCCUACAGCAUUCAGGCCCGGGAGCAGAUCCGCAAACAACAGCAGGAGAUAGACAAGCUGCUGAAGGAGCAAGAGGAGCUUCAUCGAAACCUUGGUGUAUGUAAGAGCUUGUCCCGCCAGCAGCAGGACAGUGAGGACACCCAGAGUCUUCGUGCUUUGCUGGAGCAGAGAGACAUGCUAGAUGAGGAGCUGGGGAAAGAGAAGCAGUGUCAAAAAGAGCUAGAAAAAGAGAUCUCAAACAUAGAGUUGAAACUGGCAAAGCUGAGAAAAGGGGAGAUCUGUAUUAGUGACACACAAAGGUCUGAGAUACAGCAGACUCAGAAGGCCAUACACACGCUGGAAUCCAAACUGGACAGAGUUUUGACCCGCUUCAAUGAACAGCUGACCAAAAACAGCCAACUGAGAGAGGAGUUGCAGACACUUCACAUUGAACGUGUCCAUUUCCAGCAACUACACAACAGGCUAGACAAGGAACUGCAGGAGGUCCGCAAGAAGAUCGGAGAAAUGAUCAACCUGUCCACUGCUGCUUAUGAUGCUAGGGUGGAGGCUCAGUCCAAAAUGACCAUGAUGAAGGAGAAGGCAGUUAAGGAUCUUGCCCAGUACAAUGCUGAGAUGAAGGAACUGGAAAGGCUUAUUGCACAUGAGUGUAGCCUGAAAGAGUUUAUGACCACCAAAUGCAGCGAGAGGAGCGGGCAGGACGAUGGCAAUGACUUGGGACACAGACAAUUGUCAGACCUGAAGGAGCAGCCGAGGAUGGACUCAGGGGAAGAGUCGCUGGAUGCGCUAGAGGAGGUUUUUGAGAGGAUCCAGAGAGUGACAGGGGAGGACAACCUGGACAUGCUGGUGACCAGGUUCAUCCAGGUUGAGGACCAGAACUUUGCGCUCUUAAAUUUUGUUAAUGAGCAAAACAAUGAGGCUGAAGCACUGAGGGAUCAAAUCAGCCAGCUCCAAGAAGAGAUGGAGCAGUUUCGAGUGAAAGGUCUGCAACAGGAGCAUGAUCACCACACUUUGCUGAGAGACACUGAUGAACAACAAAAGGAAACUGAAUCCCAUGCUGAGGAUUAUGAAAACCAAGCCAGCAUCAUAAGCAAAAUCCUGGAUGCGAUUAAAACAGGAGUGAACAGCACCUUCUCUAAAAUGGAAUGUGACCGCUCUGUGAUAGAGGAAAUGCUGGGCUCCUCAGCAGGGAUCAGUGAGAACAACAUCAUGUCCUAUCUGGGUCUGGUGGAACAGAAGACUAAUGAACUGCUCACCAUACAAGCUUUCCUCAAUUCCAAAGAUCUGAAAAAGGACUACAAUCCAAAAGACCUGGCCAAAUUCCUAUUGGGUCAAAAUCCAGAAUUGCUUAAGCUGAAUAUCAGUGUCCAAACGGCAGUCAACAGUGUGAAGUAUGAUGCAGAGGAGUCUUCUUUCACUGAUGAGGAAGAACGGCCACUUUCACAAGGGGAACUUCGCAGGAGAAUAAUGAAGGGGGUCAUGCAGAAAGAGAGUUCAAUCCAUCACACGACAACCAAAGCCUCAAAGACCAGUCAGCAGGUUGAUGGCAGACAGGGCUCCGUGGAAGACGCACCGUCACUGACACAUUGA